GAUUUUAUUUUAAUCCCUGUUUUCAUUUUCGUCAUUCGAUUUUUAACUCGGUGGGAUACCUGUGUCGUUAACCUUCCUGAUCCUUUGUGAACUUGAAGCGCACGAUGUCUUCGAGUGAAGCACUUCGUUGGGGGAUUCUUGGAGCGGGCAAAAUCGCCAAUGACUUUAUUAUUGCUUUGAAGACUCUUCCAGCCGAGGAGCACCAUGUAGUUGCAAUUGGAGCUAGCAGUUGCGACAAAGCUCAGUCUUUGUGCAGACAACAUGGCGUCAAGAAAGCAUAUGGCUCGUACAAGGAGGUUGUAUCAGAUCCAGAAGUACAAGUCGUUUACGUGUCCACCAUUCAUCCAACGCACAAAGAGCUAUGCCUGCUUGCCCUUGAACAUGGCAAGCACGUACUAUGUGAAAAGCCUAUGACACUAAAUUUAAAAGAUGCAAAAGAGGUCAUGCAAACUGCAAGAGACAAAAACCUGUUUUUUAUGGAGGCACUUUGGACACGUUUUUUCCCACUGGUUGAUGAAGUUAAAAACAUGAUUGGCUCUAAAGAAAUCGGAGAUGUAAAGGUUGUGAUGGCGUCAUUUGGUUUUGCUAGUUUGGCAAAUAUACCACGCCUCAUUGAAAAAGAACUUGGAGGUGGUGUACUCUUAGACAUUGGUAUUUACUGUUUAAACAUGGCAGAUAUUUUCUUUGGAGGAGAAAAACCACAACAUAUUUCAGCAUGUGGCCACAAAACAUCAGAUGAUGGUGUGGAUUAUGCCAUCACGGUAACACUUUUGUACAGUGGCAACAGAAUGGCACAGAUACUCGCAUCAGCUGAUACUGAUCUGCCAAAUGAAUGCAUUGUUUGUGGUAGCAAUGGAAGUGUCAAGAUUUGUGCUCCAUUUUGGUCCAGCGAGAAAAUUAUUAAAUCUGAUGGAAGUGAAAAAGAGUUUCCUCUUCCAAAGCCUUAUGCUCCAAUGAACUUUUUUAAUUCAACAGGAAUGAGGUAUGAAAUCCAAGCAGUAAGGAAGAGCAUUUUAUCUGGAAAGACCCAAAGUGAAGUCAUGCCUCAUUCUACAACAGAAAGGAUUAUGGGAUGGAUGGAUGAAAUCCGACGCCAGAUUGGGGUGACUUACAAGGAAGAUAAUUAAGAGUUCUUUUGAUGUUCAUAAAGAAGUGAUCACGCUAAAAAUAUAACAAACUGGUUUUUAAAAUGGAAAGAG